AUGGAGAAAAAAAAUGAAUUGGCUGUGAAGAGAGAGUCUCCUCUGGACCAGCUAAAUCUAGCAAAUAUCUCAAACAAUGUAAUGAGUCGGGUUGUGAAGCAGAUAUUUAUGCAGCCGCUUCUGAAUGCUGGCGCUAACAUAAGCGACAUAGUCCAUUCUCUGAUCCGCUCCUUCGACACGGGGGGAAGGAUAUUUGGUCUUUUUGCUGUUUGGCAAAUAGGCGUACUACAAUCAUGGGUAGUACAUGAUGACAUGGUUGAAUCGUUUUGGAAAGAGAUGCAUGAGAAUGUGGCUACAUCUAUUUGGAAUAACAUCAUCGAGCUUCGCGGCUUCUGGAUCAAGCUAGGCCAGUUUAUGAGCACCAAUCAUGACCUUUUACCCGAGCAGUACAUUAGGAUCCUAUCUAGACUACAGGACAGCAUUCCUGGGGACCCUCCAGAGGUGGUAUUGAAACUAAUAAAUAGCGAAUAUGGUGAAACUUCAAAGAUAUUUCGAAAAUUCAAUUUGGUGCCAAUUGCCAGUGCCAGUGUAGCUCAGGCGCACCUGGCGACUUUACUGAAUGGAGAUAAAGUGAUAGUAAAAAUACUGCAUGAUAAUGUGGAAAAAACUUUUCUGUACGACCAGACUAUGUUUGGCAAUUUGGCCUGGCUAUUAUCGAUGAACAGCAAGGGUAUUGUACUUAUGGACGCGUUAAUGGAAUGGCAACAAUACAUGUCUUUGGAGCUAGAUUUUACAAACGAAUUGCAAAAUAUCGAAAGUGCCAUUGAUUAUCUCAAUAAGACGUCUUUUGACAUAGUAAUCCCAAAGCCAUAUCCCAAACACUGCUCCAAAAAAAUAUUGGUGAUGGAGUUUAUUGAUGGGAUUAAGAUAACGGAUUUUGAUAAAAUACUCGAAUACGGCAUCAAUACGCAAGAUUGUAUCAUGGAACUGAUUGACUACUUUUUAUAUCAAAUAUUCUUCAUCGGGUUCUUCCAUGCUGAUCCACACCCAGGCAAUUUAAUGUAUGUACAAAGAGAUGGAAAUUGGAAAUGCGCAUUAAUUGACUGGGGAUAUGUAAAAUUAUUUACUCCCAGAGACACUUAUAACAUGGCAAAACUUGUAAUUAGCAUUCUUGAAUUUGAGUCAGUUGGAGCAAUUGAGGCAUUCAGAGACUUAGGGGCCAUAAUGGAAAAUCCAGAAAAUAUGGAAAAGACCUCAAGGCGUUUUUUGACCGAUCCUAAUUUGAUUUACCACAAGAUCAGGAGAUAUGUAUCGUGUUUUUCCCUUUCGAAACAUGAUUCAGAUACCGAUGGCCCUAACGACCUUGACGAAAAAACUGGAGCAAAGGACCAAAGCUACGAGGGGAAAAGAAAUCUUAACAGAACCACACACGCCAAAUCGACCGAAGCUGAAAAUAACAGUAAAAAUAUAGAGUUUCAUCAAAUUAAUUGUGCAAUGAACAUUUACGACAAUACUUGCAUUAAGCAACCACCAAAGCUAUUGGCCAUGUUUUGCCGUACAGUAAACCUACUCUACAAUAUGAUUAUGAUUUCAAAAAGCGAAGUACCUUUACUAUCAAUGACCAUCUAUUGGUGCAAAUUAAGACUCAAGUCGCAACAUCUGCCCAGCCUACCUUUCUACCUCCCAUCCACAACGCUUGAAAUGAUUAUACAUCGCACACUUAACUCUUUGAUACAAUCUAAGAUGAUCAUAGGCUGCCAAGUAUCUGUUAGAUAUGACCCUAAGCAUUACUUGCAUCGAGGAGUUAACCUCCAUGAACAAGUUAUCGGAGGCACUAGAGGCAUUUACGAUGCCAGGGGGGUGGAUCAUGAUACGCUGUUCAACAUCUACAGUGCUUCAAAACCAUUUUUGGCAGUGGCAGUGCUUGAAGCCGCAAAUUUGGGCCUUUUGAAUCUUAACUCGCCAGUAUCAAAUUACUGGCCAAUGUUUGGGCAUAAGAUUACCUCCAGGCUUGGGUGGCAACAGGGCGAGAUAUAUGAUAAACGCAAAUUGGUGACGGUGCGUGAUGUUCUAAACCAUAGAAUUGGGGGGGAUAGGCUAUCUGCCCUGCCUUAUUUAUAUGACGUUGAAGAUUAUGAAUACAUGUGUAAGAUAAUUGCUGAGGCCACGUCCUAUGCCACGCUUGUGCCAGAUUAUUCCCACAUCACUUUUGGUUACAUACUUUCCAAGUUGUUGUUUUUGGUCAAGGGAGAGUGUUAUGAAGACUAUAUCAAUUCGCUUGCCAUACCAAAUAUCAGAUUUUACACCAAAAUGGACAAACAUAGGAACAGUUCUCGCAGCGGGUUACUAAAUUUAUAUGAGUUUAUCCACCCUACUCCAAAUGCCAUGGAUAGGAUGAAUGACUUUGCGUAUGGAGGGAAAGAUUCACCACCUGCCAAUAGCAGGAUAGAUUCAUCACCUGAAUAUUCAUCAUCUCUAUCAGAUCCUGCAGAUUUUGACAGCGAAUCAUACUACAAUGAAUCCAUCAAAACCAGUGGGUCAGAGGAUGAAAUUGAGAUUCCUGCUAUCCAGCUGACGACAGCCGAUUUGAAGCUUAUGAUGGGACUGAAUCCCGAUGAAACCGAACACUCAGAUGAGGUUUACAGUUACAUAACGAACUCACUCUCGGAGGCUUACCAAGCGUCUCUUAUUAGUAUGCAAACCCCAAUUGGGGACGCUGAGAGGAGGGAGCCUGAUUUUGCCUCUUUUGCAGGAGAAAAAGAGAAAAAUGUACCCCCUGAUAGCGGAAAGGCACGCUAUUACGAAGAAUCCAACCCCAAUGGUGAUAUUAAGAAGUUUUACGACAACGUCACGGUCACUGAAUUCAUGAGCAGCGACGCUCAUGAAUUAGACGACCUGUUCAUGAUGGAAGAGAAUCAAAUGCCUAUAUUUACCAGACGUAUGAGGCCAGAGUACCUCAAGAAGAAUCGCAGUUGUGCGGAUUGCGCUAGUGAAAUCUACACUUUUAUAGAGUGCCUUCAACACAGAUGUAUUUUGAUGGACCCUAGGAUAUUUGAUCACGCGAAAAAUUCGCAAUUGUUUGUCCCUGGUCUAAAUUGUCAUGCAUCUGCUCAAGCCCUCUCCGAAUUUUAUUUGAAGCUGCCCAUACUGAUAUCUCAGAAAUACAUAGAUGAGAUAUUGACCAUGGAGAAAGCGAAUAUUUCCCAAACUGUAUUUAAAUACAAAUUCAGCGGCGCAAUCUCUUCGUGCUGGUGUUUGGGAUUCCAAAUUUACAAUUUUAAACAUCUGUCAACUGGAAAAAUUAUCCAUGGCAUUGGACACUCUGAUAUAUCUGGUACCGUUGGAAUGUACAUUCCAGAUUUACAUAUUUCCCUAGCUAUAACCAUUAACAACAUAAGUACCGGACAUUUUGGGCGCGAUGUGUUGAUGAGCACCAUCGCAGGGCAUUUUGGCUUGGAGCCGUUGUGGCUAUCCGACGAAUCACGCAUUAACAUCGCUGCUACGUGUUGUAGGAUUAAGAUUUAG